CACCAUGGAUGUAAAGAUGGCAAGCCAAAAAUGAGGCCUAGUGACCGUCUGAAAACAGUGAAUAGAAAAAGGAACGUGUGAAGGGCACGGUUUUCGUUUCGAUCUUUCGUUUCUAUUUAGCGGUUUGUCAUCAAAAUGUUUAGUCUUUUAUUCUAAGAGAAAGACAGGGGAGGAUCGGUCACACUCAAAACAAAGAUAACGUGGCUACUGCUGAGUGUCGAAUCCCAUUACAGCAGGUGUAUCUUCCAGCUUCUUUUGUCUUUUGUCGCCUCCUUUCAUUCAACGAUUAAAUUUUAACAAGGCAACCAUAUAUUUGCUCAAGGCUAUAGUGCGACUGAGAGGUAUCUCUAAACACGACGGCUUCAUUCUGAACGGAUGAGGGAAAAGAAAGCCAAGAAAGAAUCCCGAGUAAGUUUCAACCAUUCAGUUUAACCAGACGUUCGACAUCCGUAACAAUUAGAAUUUAGACUUAAAGCAUUUAUAGUUUUCACCAGAUGAACUAGCCAUGAAUUCCAAGUAAAAUUGUCUGGCAUGCUUUCCAGACAAACUUUUUUAAUUAGCGCGGCUAGACAUCUAUAAAAACAUUACAGUGUACUCGCCGGUUUCAUCCAGGUUUCUCCAACCGACUUUGGCACUAAAUAACAACAUGUGGUCAAACCCAGUUAGCAUGCAGCUCAACCCUUUUCCUUUUUACUUUUUAAGAGGACUUAUUCCGAGUGCUGUGCGCGAAUAUUUAGUUGAAAAACUCUUACGCGAUAGCCUUGUUUUUGCCUUAGUCCAAAAUCGUUCAAAGGUGUUUCGCUUAAAUUUUGUUUGAUUUCGGCGGGGUUAGGCCCAAGUAAAGGAAUUUAAGAUAUGCUGCAAUGUUCAACCACGUCAGUGGAGGAUAUAGGGCAACGCUAGGACGCAAAAAAGCUGUUUAACUAAGUGAAACUGCUUUUGUGUAGGAAAUUCCGAAGAAUGCCGAAGCUUUCCGAAGAUAAUCGAAACAUCGCUACUUGCAUUUCGUGACGAAUUACUCCCUGGGCUAUCAAAUUUCCCCGAUUUAUUAUAGACUCACGGCAUUUAUCCCCGAGAUACAAAGACGUCGGCUUAAAACUAAAUAACGCGUGGGUGAAAGUUAAGCUACGUUUAUGAAUUGAGCUACACCGCAAAGGUGAAACAACAACGUUCUUGAUAAAGAUAACUAAUUGGAAAUGGCAAAUAGCUGUAAAACGCAAAAGUAAACAAAUGAAAAGAAAUUAGACAUAAAUGCAAAGUUCAAUAAGACUCGUUUAAGGAUAAUACCGAGAUAAUAGUUUUUUAAGCUUCAUUGGUGAAACAAAGCAUGCCAUUGAAAACCCUAACUUCUUAUGUCGGCGAAUAAGACGACCUCAUUAUUCUCAGAAUUGAUAACAAACCAGGAUAAAAUUGCAAAGAUAAUACUAUAUUUAGCACAUUUUUCCUAUCUUCUGUAAUUACCAGUUUAAUCAUUCAAUACAUAAUAGUGUACAGCUUAUAUCGAUCACGUCCCCUCCUUGCGCGAAAGCAUAGGUCUCGUUUUUUUUUAGCUCUAAGAGAAUCUGUUACAGGCGUACUGAACGAAUGCUCAUGAAUAAGCGAAGGAACGGAAUAUCGUAACGGCAAACUUCAAGAUAUGCCCUGAUGAACCUUCUCUCGGCAAAAGAGGCGUGAUUAACUCUGUUAAAAGUGGGACCACUAUAUUUUUAUAACCCUUCAAGUUCUAAGUGUCACCAGUGUCAAUCUAUCCAUAUAUCAUCAAAAGGAAAGUUUGUCAGAAUUACUGAAAUAGCCUGGGACAAGGCUCCCCAAUGAGGGGAAAAGGAAAAAAAUACCGGCGAGCGAAGCGAGCCGAGAGGUGUAGUCUGGGGAGGGGAAAGACCACCGCUGGGCUUACUUCGCUCGCCGACUACUUUUCCCAUUUGACCCCGUUUGUUGCCUUUUUCCCCUACUGCGGAGCCUGGUCCCAGGCGAUAUCGAAAUGAUCACCAAAGAGGAAAAUAAAUGCUUUGAUCGUUUAUCACAUUCUCUCAACUAGUUCGUCAGGGAAUGAAUGAAGAUCAGUGUGGAGAAUUUGUCUGCAGUUAGGUUAAAAGGAACUCCUGUACUGUUUCUUUUGCAAGUUCAAAUGAUGGCUCAAAUCUUGUAUUUCCAAGGGGGAUACCGGUGUGAAUUCAUGUUAUUUGCUGGGGGUGAUGAAAAACUCCGUCAUCAAGUUCACUAUAUAUUUAAAUGAUUUUAUCUUGAAUCUUCUCCAAGCGUAGGAUACCUAUCUUCAGCAUAUAUACAUGUAUUUGCUGGGGGUAUGGUUUAAGAACUCCGCAAUCGAUCUGUUUUUCAAGUUUUUAGCACCGAUUCUCUCUGCUUUUGAGCUGAAGUGCUGUCUGACCUUUGAAUUUCGAUCACCUUUUUCUCACUUCUACGUUAGUUUCAGACAAAAAUGAACCUAAUGCAUAGCACUUUGUGUCAAUAACAAAUGGCAUUUUUCUUGCAAGACGUGUUUUAUUGUUAUUGUUUGUAAGGAGGUGUUCUCAGCUUAAUUGACCAAGUAAUUAAUUGAAAAUAUUGCACAGUUGGUGAUUAGAUUUAUCCAAUAGAUCUAAUAGAUGGGUGCAGUAAGAAAUAUCCUGCCGUCUCGCGUUCCAAGAGUUUUAAAAGAUCAAACUUCAAUGCAAGCGAUUUUUUGUACCUUUUGCGAUAAGGGCAGAAUGUAUCUAAAUCAGAGAUAUGACUGAUAGUAAAUUGCCUGCGCGGUCCUUUGAAUUAGAACCUUCUCAUUGUUCGAGAAUUUCGUCGGCGAAGCGAUAUGAAGUUCGUCAUAGUUCAUUGAAGUUUCUUAUAAAUAUAAUGAAAAUUACCGACUGUAAUCACUCAGUCUUUCACCUUUUGUAUCAUUUUUCGCAAUUAUAUCGCAAAUGUCAAAGUAAAAAACUUCGUGCAAAUGCGCAAAUAUUUUCUGCGUAACUUUUUUCAGGUGCAUAAUAAUCAGUCCAUGCAUUUGCUAACGAUUUUUACGGAACUGUUUGUUCUUUUGGGUUAGGGUUUGCCUCAGCUAGCUCGGGCAGGGUUAUCGGUUGCUGGCUAGGGUACCAUCUUACGCCUAUUUCCUGUUCAAUAUUUAUGUGAUUUUAUAUCUUAAUGAACCAAGCAACAACAUCAAAAACUGGAUGGAGCGUAAAAUAUCUAAAAGUAUCUUUCUACACCAAUCCGAGUGUCCAUGAUUGUCAAUCGAUAUCUCAGUAACGGGACUCGACUCCCCGUCGACACAGAAAAACAACUCGCAAUCAAAGGGAACUUACAAAAAGUGCUUACCAUUGUUUCCGUAUACAAACCUAACUCAUUAGGUUAGUUUUCAAAAGGUUAUUAUAUUAUUUGUUUUCACAAGUAUUAACUCAUAAUAGACGGAUCCACGCCACUCAUUGGUUCAUACCGCCGCAUUGUUAUAUUUUUCGCACUUACAAUUCUCUCUUCCCUCUCGUUGCUGGCUUGCUGCACGACUCAGACCAGUAAAUCACUGCAGCAGGUCCAACUUGAAGACAAGUACUUCCUCCCCGGGGUCACACGGGGAAUUAUCCCACGCUAUACGAGUUUUUCUCAGGAAUGAAGGCUCGCUUCGAGGGGAAGUGUGUUGACAUUAAGGAAUGCGAACAGACGAAUCUGAUUGGAUUACGCAUUAAUUAUCAUCAACAAGUGUCAAUCAUUGACUUCAAAAGAUUGUAUUUGAUUUUACAGUCCAACAACGUAGUUGCACGUUUUCUGAGCAUUAGUGAUCUUUAGUUGUCGUCGAGAGUUUUAUAAACCAAUGAUCCCUUAUGACACUGGUGAAGGGUAAUUUCAGCUUAGUGGAUAAAAUCCAAAGUUGUUGUGUCGCUGUUUGAGUGAAGGGAAAAGAGAGACAAUGAGAAAGACGAACAUAUGCUCGGUAAGAAAGCGAUGUCAAACCAAAGGGAUGCUUCUUUGGCGAGCCUUUUGUGCUUUCAGGACUGUUGUCGAGUUACAAACAAGUGCCGAUGACUAACCACGAGUUUUGCUCAUGUGUGUGUGCGUUUUUCUAUUAAACAGAGUAUGGUGGCCCACGAUGAGGAGGAGAGUGGGAAGACCUGCAGCAACUGCGGUGAUUUGUGUCCAGGGUUUUCUGCCCAUUAUUGGCGGUAAGUGAUGGAUUGCUCUAUUACUGUAUUGUACAUACAACAGCUUUUGAAAUAAUCAGAACAACGGCUAAGCUGCUUUGUUCCCAGCAUGAAGGUAGUGGCAUUAUUUCCAAGUGACACGCAAAUGAACGCACAAGUACUCAAAGAACAACAACAAGUGUGCCCUGAGGUGAAACAGUCAUUCGCCUUUGGGAUAUUACUGAUAUUGUUCCUUGGAAUUUUGUGUAUUUGAGACUGCGGACGCCACCAUCAGUCCUCAGCUCGUGGCUUUGUCCGAAAGAUUAGAUAGGCAUUUAAGAUAGCGUGGGAUGCAUGUAUGUAGGAAGGAUCGAAUGAAACAGAUACAGCUAAGAAGAACCCCACGCUCUUUUCCUCUUUGUCACCUUGCGAAGAGAAAGAGAUGACGGAAUUCGUUGUGUCGACAAUAGUAGAGCCAAUUUUGCGGCCCAUUGCUUUUAUCGUUGAGAUUGACUUAAAAGGUUCUUGGUUUCUGAGUAAGCAUAGCGAGGUUCCAACAAUAUAGCUUUUCGGAAAGUUCGUAUAAAUAUCAGUGUUUAUCGGUGAGCAAACGACUUUAGCUACGGUGGUCUUCUUGAGACACUCGCUAAUGUUUGUUUAGUAUCGUUUGAUCAUUGAUCCAGCGCAGUGGUGUACCGACACACUUGAGACCUGCUGUCUCGUCCAUUUAAACUCUAAACACUGACACGAAUCGGAAGAACUGUUUAGAAGAAUAAAGAGAUCCUUCAAUGAAGCGAAUGCGUUUAGCAGACACAACAGUGAUUUGGUUGGACGGAAGGAUGAGCGGCUCAUCUAUUUUCCGAAUUCUAACACACUCUAAAGGAGGUUACGCGGUGAACCAAACUGUCAACCUGAGAUAAUACGGGUGGGAAUUUGGUCGCUUUUCGUCAACUUUGACCCAACAAAGUGCUACCUUUUCACAAAUUUUGCUGGCUUGCUGGUUCAUGGCACAGUUAGAUUAAGUAAAACUUGAGCUGGUUUAAGACGUCGUGCGAUAACAAAGUUCAAUAGUUGGGUUAUAGAGAGAGCGAAUACGCUCUUAAUGACUGGUAAUCCUAUAACAACAGUCUUCAGUUUCGUUUAGUAUAUCUUCGCCCGGAAAUUACUCGUCGUGCGCUGCUGAGAAAUGCCAUUUGUUCACUUGAUCAGAAGGAUCGCGCGCGGCUGGCAAAGAAAGAAGUCGGCUUUCCUUACCGCUUGAAAUUUCUUUGAUUACCCGGCCAAUAAGUUUUGUGCGGUGGAACAGAAAAUAGGAUAGAUCGAGGGAGUAGUAGAAAAGGGUUAUUUCCGUCUGAAAAUGUCGCCGUUGCAAAAACAGUUUCGAUAUCCGCACCUUCCUUCUAAACACGACUAUCUUUUUUUUUCCUUUUAAAUUGGCUAUCCGUACAACCGACAAGUUUUUGGGAUGAAAAAUGUUGUUCCAGCUGAGUCAAGAAACACACGUGUCGGCUUGAAGUUCUUAGGAUGUUUCUUAUCCAGGACUUAUUUUUUCGCCGCUGAUUGUCAUUGUUUUUAAUCGAAUCUGUUUAUUUUCGGAUCUGAAAAGUUAAAAGAACAUGUCGGAUAAAUAUGAAAGAAUGCAUAUCGUUUUCCCUGCGGGCAUGUUAGUAUCACGAAUCACAUGUUUGACCCGCCUUAUGUGAAGUGGCAGAUUCUCGCGAUUCUGAAAAUUUCUUUCCUCGCAUUUUUGUGCAAAAAUUAAAGAGAAAAACCGCUAAAUCUUCAGGUGUUAGGGCUGACAGUGAACUCUGCAUGUGCGAUUUCUGUGAGUGCUUUUCUAUGCGUUCUUGUUACAAAAACACAUUGUAGUAUUAAAAAUAUCAUCCCAUUUGAAAGGAUAUUAAAAUGUAAUUAUUAGUUUAACAUCGCUGAAUCUUUUUCAUUAAAAAGGAAAAAUUUAUAACAUGGCAAUUUUCCAGUUCGUCCUGAAACAAUAAAAGCUGUUGUUCGAAAUUGAUUUUUGAAAUUGAUAUUUAUUUUGCAUCACUUUUAUAUUGUCAAUCACAAAAAGUGCACCUAGAAACAUUAUUUGGGUUUCGUUUUAAGCUUGUUGACGUACAAAAUUUUAUUAGACGGGAAGAAAUUUUUAAUCCCUUAAACAGCUUUUGUGGAAGUGUCUGUACACUACAAAACUAAGCAGGGCUGUUGUUCUGACAAGAGAAUCAUUGUAUAAAGUUGAAUUUUAGCCCGUUCGCAAUGUAUUUCAUCCAUUAUACGUACAAAACAAAUAAAUGAAUUGUUUGGUAUUAUUGGAGGACUGAUGUAUGCUAAGGUAGGUCUCUUGUAGGAUUUCCAGUUACUUAUUGUGUGGUCUUAUCCCUAAGAAUAGUGUAAAACCUAACCGAUAAUACAAUAAAUUGUCUAAAGAUGUGUUGAACCUUUUAUAGAAUUAGCUUAAAUUUAAUAAUCGGCAAAUCGGUUUUUCAUUUUCACUAAACGAUUUUUUUUUCUAUAAAUCGGAUUUGUUUUUAAGUAAAUAAUCUUUUCAAAAUGUUUGUUUUAGUAACGAUUGUCUUAAAUGAACAAAAUAUUGACGACACUCUAGCUUUGAAAAGGUGGAAUUUAUAUCAGCAAGUUGAAUAAAUUUUUCGCGACUCGAAGAGAGUCAUUUUGUGGUAAAGCAGCUACCUUUUUUGUUGUCAUGAAGGUUACUGUAUCUGUUUACUAAUCCUUCUCUUCUUCAAUGACUUUCUAAGUGAUGAAACUUAAACGGCUUUUGAAUAGAAAUGGUACUUCUGAAACCUUGUUAGGACAAAAUUACUGUAAACAUUGAAUUUUAAAUAGGGAAGUAUUAAACAAACAAUAUCUUCUUCCAGAGAGAUCACGUAUUCGAAUAUUUAAGUUGUAAAAGUACAUCUGCCAAUUCAUGAAUGGUUUCUUUUGUUAGAAUGAUUUUUAGUUAUUGUAAUACUUUAAACUGAUACAAUGCCAAAAUAUCAUUUUAUCCCAGAAACUCAAAAUGAAAUAAUGAAGGAAACAAAAACAAUAACGAAAAAUAUUACCAUUCCAUAGUUUUUUCCUUGUGUGUAACAUGGUUGCUUCAGACGUCUGGUUUCAAAAUUCCUUGGCCUUUCCCUGAAAAAAAAAAAAAAAAAACUUAAAUUCCCUGCCUAAAUAGAUACUUUUCCCUGACUUGAAAAAAUUCUGACUUUUCCCUGACUGUUUGUCAACCGGUAGUAACCAUGGUGGUAAUUUUUUUGCAUCUAUAGAAUUGACAGUAUCAUUUUUUAGUCUUGCUUGCAGCCAGGAAGUUUAAAACAGGGCUGUAAAUAAGGUAAAAGUGGUACUGGUUAAAAUGAACAUAAAAUGCUUUGAUUUUUGAUGCACCUUUGUGAAGCAUUUUAUUGUAACAAUACCCAGUACACAGCAAACUCAAAUUCCCUUUUGGAUCAAUAAAUUGAAAAUUGAUCAACAAGUUAUGUUCACUGCAUGAGACUACUGGCAGGUACCCCCUGUGUAUCAGAAAGGCAAAGCUCAAAAGAUUUUGUAUGUCUGCUAAUUCAGAGUUCAGGCAUAAGCACAUUGCAUGACUGUAGUUCUAAUUACUUUUGAGAAUGUCGGGUAGUAACUCAUGGAUACUGAAUACAGCCUUAAACAUCUACUAUUUUUGGAACAUUUUAGACUGGGAGAAGAGUCUAGAUGAGAUAAGCUGGUAAUUAGAAUAACAAUACAACACAACAGCUACUGUUUUGCAUAAUAUUUACACCCUGUAGAGGUGGAAGGAAACAUUGUUCUGUUAAAAUGAAACAACUCAUAGCCUUGUGUAAAUACAGGUGCAAAGGAGAUUUUAGUGUGACAACACGAUUGUGACAUGUCUAGCUUUGUGGACAGUGAGAGAGUUAAAUUUAAUUUGCAUUUUUCUUGGGCAAGUCCAACCUUGUCAUCUUAAUCAAUUCAGUACAUUUCCUACAGGAAAGCUAAUGUCACGAGUUGAUCAACAUAUGUUUUGUAUUAGUUUUACUCCUCUCCAGAACAUAAAGAAAUAGUGCUUUAAAAAAUCAUUCUGACUUUAUAAAUGUAGAAAGUUUUCUUUUAUUCAUUUGAAAUAUGUAAAGAUGUUACAUUAUUGAUGAAAAAAAAUUGAUAUUGUUUAGAUUGAGUGAAUGAGUCUCUUUUUGUUAUUUUCAUGUUAUGUGUCAAGCAAUAUUGCUAAUUGGCAAAAAGCUGCUGAGCUGGCAACCUUAGAUUGAUAGACAUUUCUAUGUCUAUAUUUGUCGCCUCUAUUUUUAUAAGAAUAAAUUUUCAGAAAUAAAACAUUUAAAGACAAUCUCCAUAAAGCUUGAACUGAGUUGCAGACUUGCAAUUCUGAGAGGUAGGGCAACAAAGCAAGUGUUUUAAUCACUGUUUUGAUGUUAAAUGUACAUUUGCAGAAGACCACUUCAAAACAAAGGAGCCAUAAUGAAUCAAUUUUAAUUUUCUUUCUUUCUUUUUGUUUAAAUUGUCACCAUUUUUUGUUUUAAUCAUGUAUUGACAAUCAACUUUUACAUGUAAAUUGCAGAAAAAUUUGUCAGCACUGCAAAUGCCCACGGGAAGAUCACAACAUCAUUUUGGAUGAUGCUAGGGCAGGUCGAAGUGUGUUUUUAGGAGACUCAAACUAUUCUGGUUUUCCAAGUGACGAUGACAGUGGUUGUGCUUUAGACGAAUAUGCCUGGGUACCACCUGGGCUAACUGCUGAGCAGGUAGGCAAAGACGACAAACAUUUUUUUAAUUGUAUGAUUUUCCCUUCCAUUCACAAAAGUUUUAAGUUCCAUCUACAAAAAUAUUUAGUCUUAAAAAAGGUUUUCAAUCAUAGGGUCUUAUAGAAUCUGUACAUUAUUAUCGCCUUUUAAGAAGCUCCUUUCAGAUCAUAACAAACAUAUUCACUGCAGCAUUCCUUUAAAAGAUUUUUGUUUAAGAGGCACUGUACAUUAUCACCAUUUAAAAGUGAGAAUAGCCUUUCAGAUCAAAACCAAACAUAUCCACUGCAGCAUUCUUUUCAAAAGUUUAUUAUUUGAGAGGCAAUGUCACAUGUACGAGUUACAAUCUGCUGUACUGUAGAUGUAUGGACUAAAGAGAGCAUUUCUAUUGUUGUUUCAUGAAAUAAAAUCCAUGAAAAUACGUAAUAAUUUGAAACCUUUCAUACAAGGCAAGAAAAUUCUUAAUGAACCAUGCCCAAGCAAAUUUUCCAAGAUACAUGUACAGGUUAAAAACCAUAGGAAAAUUCUAGGCCAGUAGAGUAUUUUUAAGGAAGAGGGAUGCAGUUUUACACUGUAAGUCUAAAUCUCUUCAAUGUUCAUCACGCAAACAUUUGGGUUUGAUGUUGUCACCGGUAAUUUUAAAGGAAAAUCUUGUUUGGCUCAUUAAGAAACGCUGCUUAGGAUUUUUUGUGGUAUCAGUGAGCUGCAAAAUGUGCCACUUAAUAAUACCACAAAAAAUCCUAAGCAGCGUUUCUUAAUGAGCCAAUCAAGAUUUUACUUUAAAAUUAACAACAUCAACCCCAAAUGUUUGCAUGAUGACCAAUAUAAAACAUGGUAUGUAGCAUACAUGUAUAUUGUGUAAAUUACACCAGGGCCGAUUAAUGAAAGUUAAUUGUCUUGAACAAGAUACAGUGAUAAAAUUAAAAUGAGAGUUUUCGCCUAAGUUCUCGUAAAAAAGUAUCUUCAACUUAUACUGUUGUUUGUCUUUCAUUUGACUGUGAUUCACAGAUUAAAUCAGAUCACCUGACUUAUGGAGUCUAUGCGACUAAUAUUCUAUUUAAGUAGCACUCUUUAGCCAAGGAAACUUUGAAAUAGAGGUUCAGUUCUGGUAAAACUAAUAUUACUAUUUAUAUUGAUUUAGUGACAUUAGAUAGUGUGCGUGUAUUGCUUUGCAACUUAAAAACGUGCGCUUAAUUUCCUUAGAACUGCCAAAUGUGUCUUUGUGGUUUUUUACUCUUAUACGUAGAAGGGCAUAAGCCAAUCAAUAGAAUUUGGUUCAGUUUGGACAUGGAUGAAUGAAAAGCAGCCAAACCAUAUAACAUAGUUUGUUUUCAGCUCAAGCAAUUUAAGCACACUGAAAGAACAGUCAGACAGUUUUGUCACAUGUUUCCUGCCUCCUUGUCACUGUAGGUACACGCUUACAUGAGUUCACUUCCAGAGGAAAAGGUGCCCUAUGUAGACAGCCAUGGGGAAAGAUACCGUAACAAACAGAUUAUUGUACAACUUCCACCAUAUGAUAGCGAGGCAAGGUUCUGUAAUGGCCUGACAGAUGAGGAAAAGAGAGAACUACGGAUCUUUGUCGCUCUAAGGAAACGGGAUGCAUUAGACCGAGGGCUGGUGAAACAGAUACCAGAUGUUUCCGAAGGUUACAGUUGUCGAGAGGUAAGAAUGUGUAAGAAUUGUCCUUUUUUCUCUGACCCGUAAAUUAUGCAUUGUUGUAUCAGGAUAAAUAUGUUAUUUUAUAUCUUUGGGGAGAAACACAUCUGCAGAAAAUUAUUUUCUCAGCAUUGUGAAAUCAGACAAAUCUUGUGUUAAAAAAAAUCACCCCUUUGACCACCUGUUCUUUAAUAACACUUCACUUUGUUUUAAAUUUGAGAGAAUGUAUUGUAGAGGGUAAUGUGAAAUACAAAAAGAAUUAACUUAGUUCUGCUGAAAUCAGGCAACCGUGACAGUAGAGUUAUAUUGAGGAGCAAAAAAUGUAUUUAAAAAUUCACAUUUUUGAUGGACAUGAUUUGAUUCAUGCUGUGCAAUACAAAACUGAAAGUUUCCUGGCAAUUUCAGUUUCCCCCAAUUGCUUUUUGCACGCUUUUGAAACCUUUUACUCUGUUGUUCAAAAGGGUACAAAGUAAUUAAGCUUUUUUCAGAUGUAAUUGAACAAUGUGUCUUAUUUGUCAUCAUUUCAACAAGUGGAGUUGGAACACAUUUGCAGAAAAACUACUUCUCAGUUUCUAUGUUCUGUAACUCUUGUGAACAGUCACUUUUAACCCUGUAAGACCUAAGAGUGACCAAAAUCAUUUUUCUCCAAACAAUUUCAAUACAGAAUCAAGAGAAAAGGCUACAAGAAUUAGUAAAAUGAGCAACAAAGGGAAACUGCUUUGAUAAUUUAAUAUACAGAAAUCAGUCUGGAGAAUUUGUAUGUGGAUACUGGGGCUUAAAGGGAUAAUACAUAAAGAAGUUUUAGUCAUGAAGAAUAUAUUAGUGAAAUAAAAAUUACUUCCAAAUUAACAGACACCAGGGCAGUGCUCUCAUGGCACCCACUGGCACCUGAUGCCUUCUUUUGCUCUUGGGUGACUGCAGCUGUUGGAAAUCUUAGUUUUUUCAUAGAAAUCAUAUGCUGUGCACCCUGGAUUUCACAGGUUUUGAGCAUUUGGGCUUUGGACACAUUAUUCGACUAGUGAUCAAAAGUAGUUGGUUUAAGAGAACCAGAUAUGAAUGUGAUGUUAGUAACAGGUUAUUAAUGUGAAUGCUUUCUUGCAGUGUGGUGAUCGUGUCUGUCCUGGGUCCAUGGCUGUCUUUGCUCCAAGAGCUGGUCAGAACACAAGCUGGCAUGCUGCUUGCUUUGUCUGUUGUGUAUGCAAAGAGCUUCUGGUGGAUUUAAUUUACUGUUACAAGGAUGGGAGGAUUUUUUGUGGAAGACACCAUGCAGAAACCUUAAGGCCCAGAUGUGCGGCAUGUGAUGAGGUAGUGCAUUCAAUUGACUUUUGAAUAAGAAUCACUCUAGCGAAGCAAUGUCACAGUUUCCUGUUGAUACUGUAUAACAUGACUUAAGUUCUGAUUUUAUCUCACCGGAAAUUCCAAAAAUUACCGUUCUACGCUUUGCUAACAAAACGUGACCAGGUCAAUUGAUUUCCCUUUUAAUGUUAUAUAGCAUCAAUGACAUUUUAGUUUUUCCAUCAUCUAAUAUUGCUUUUGAAGCCCUAUUGACUAUCUACAUGCAGCUGUACAUGUCUCUAUUGAUGGGUGAUCUACAUAAAAUCAGCAUACACUGUCCUUUGGUAUUCCUUUAUUGCAAGGAAUAACUUUCCACACGGAUGGAUUUGCAGUCACAUUUGGUAGAGCAAACUCUUACCAAACAGAUUAAACUUCAAGGAGUUUUCACUGCCUGACAAAAGGCAAUAAUUGUCUGAAAUGCUUUUUUCAUAAAGCGGUAGCCAAUUUCCUGUCGUAAAAUGAGAUUAGUUUCAGCUCUUUCUGAAUAAAGGAUGGCAGAAGGCGUGUCUUAAAUUUUGAGAUCUAUUUCCCUGAAACAAUGUCUUUCAAGGAUUUCUUUAAACCAGUACAGAUCUUAUUGUGGAGUGGAGCCUGUUAACUUGCUCAGUCUACUAGUAUGUGAACCCACUAACAUUUCCUUGGGAGAAACUAAAGAUUUACAUUAGCAUUUGAUCAACAUGUUAUCGCCUCUCAGCCAAUCAGAAACUCCCAUAUGCCUGGUUGUUGGACUAUUCAAAAUACCCAAGAAUUAGGGCAGGCAGGAUUUCAAUUUGACUUGCUCCUAAUCUUUACGCAGCUCCACCGCCAAAAAACUACAGCACUCCCACUAAUACAGCCAGCUACGCAGGCUAUAAAUUGAGCUAACCUUUCCUUGAUUUUGCUGUAUUUCGCCAGAUCAUCUUUGCUGAACAGUGCACAGAAGCAGAAGACAGAUGCUGGCAUGUGAACCAUUUCUGUUGUUUUGAAUGUGACUGUCCACUUGGAGGCAUGCGUUAUAUUAUGAAAGAAGGAAAUCCAUUUUGUUGCCACUGUUUCAAGUCAAUGUAUGCAGAGUUUUGCGAUGCUUGCGGUGAGCCAAUUGAUCCUGAUGCAAGUCAAAUGGAACACAAUGGACAGCACUGGCAUGCAACAGAGAGUUGUUACUGUUGUUACACGUGCCGCAAACCCCUUCUCGGACAGCCGUUCCUACCAAAGAAUGGAGAGAUCUAUUGUUCCCCAGAGUGUAGUCGUGGAAUGCCUGUCACCUACCAAGAACAUGAGCCUUUUUCCCAUCUGCAGCCUGAUGUUGAUGUGGUAAAAUAUUACAGUUCUCAGGAAUGCACAUCUGACCUGGGAACUCUAGAGUCUGACUGUGUAACCUCAAGCACUCCUUCUGCAUCAGGCAGAUUGAGUGCUCCCUAUGAACCAAGCACUGACGGUGACAGUGUGGAACGAUAUUCAGGCAUUCUGUCACAUCACAGGGUUGGAAAUUUUCAAAGACAAUGUCUUGAUGAUGCUUCUGUUGGAAUUUCUCAUGCGAGAUUCUCCCGAACUAUGUUCGGUGCUAUUGAAUCUUCAGGAUAUUCAACAGAUGUGUUUGACAGUGUGAGUGCCCAAGGAGGCAAUUAUGGUGGUUUUUACCUUGACAAUGAACGAUUUUGCAGGGGAGAGAAUUUUCAGGACAUUUCCAGGGGUAGACAAACAGUUGACCACGUAGAAAGAGCAUAUAGAGCUCAAAUGUAUGAAAGUAUAAAUGACUGCGACUUUAUAAGAGCAACUCCUAUAGACUCUGAGUCAACAAAGGAUAGCAACUAUGGAACUAUAGAGAGAGAUAGCAACUACAGCACAGAAGCGUCAUCAGUCAGUAGAGACUCGCAUAAGGCACGGAAGCAUGAGAAGGUGAAAGAUAAGCACACCUCAGGAUAUGCAUCAGAUUACUGUUCAAGAACAUCUAGAAAUUCAGGUCAUCGUACAAAAGUCAGACAAAUAAAAUACUAUGACAUAGACACUGAGGAUUUUAUUAACUCAAAAUGCUAUUUUAGUGAAGGUGAAAACUCCAGGCCAUUAUCACGGUCUUUGGAAAGUCUGACAUGGAGGCCAAAUGUGUUACCACCUCCUCCUCGCCGUACACACCGAAGAACUUCUUCUGGCACCUACAUACCAGCAAGAAGAGAACACACAAUGAAUAGGAGUAGCUCUACACCAAAGGAGCCUAAAAAGAGAGGGAGCCAUCAAAGCAAACCAAAAUCACCACAGUUACCUUGGGAAGAUCCUUUUGCUAACCCAGUUGAUAAGACCAAAUCAAAGCCUGUGCGGCGCCCAAGAAUUGCUUAUACCGAGGAUGGGUUUUAUGAAAGGCCCCAGCCUCAAAUAGUUAAGACAACUGAUGCAGCCAAAAAGCAGAAGUCAAAGAAGAAGAAGGAAAACUGCUUGGUUCAGUGAUGUACAAUUAUUAACUGCAAAGAAUUGAGAACACAGAGUACAUGCACAUGUAGCUCACAUGGUGACAGUUUUUGUGAACCAUCAGAACUUAUAAAUUGGUUUAAUGUUGUAUAGCAAAUUUAAUGGUAACAAAUGCUUUAAAUCCCACAAUGUGUAGCUGGGGUAGCACCCCAAAUUAAUUGUGUAGCUUCAAAAAUAUCCUACUCUUCUCGUGGACUGAGUAUUGGUUUCAAAUGCCUACCUGCCUGGAAAUGCCAGUUUAGGUUCAUACUUUUAUCUCACUCCCAAUGUAAUUUACAAUGGCAAGGAUUGUACUCUAAGGCAAAUUGAAGGGGUCCCAGUGCUCUGAACCUGUAAAAUCUAGAGUGCCCAGCAUCUGAUUAGUACAUGUAUGAAAAAAUUAAGAUUUCCUAGUCACCUGAGAACAAAAGUUGGGUGCAAGGGACUAGUGGGCUCUGCUAGAGCACAGCCCUGAUGAUCCUUGGGUCGCUGGAAGAGUACGGAUAUUAUUUUUUGGAAACACGCUUUAGAGCUGGCUAUGUAAGUAGGCUUAUUGGCAGAAGAGGCAGCUAUUAUAUUUUAUUGUUUUGGUUGUAUAUGUAUGGUUUGUUACAACUUAUAGUUUGUCAAGAUUUCAAUUUCGUUUAAAAGUUAGCCUAAAAAGAGAGAACUGAUUUCUUGUUUUCUUAUACCAAGAUCAAUACAGUAAAAACUUAAAGUAUUUAAAUAUAUUUCUCCUGUAUCUCUUUUCAUACUUCGAGAUAAAAAGAGUAAAUCAGUAAUAUAUAAUUAUUAUUAUUCAGAGAGAGAAGUCAUAUUUAUCCCAGUUUUCACAGUGCAAUGGAAUGGCAACAGAGAGUCUGUCAGGCCCAGUUCAUACGUUGUGCUUCUGCCAUGCUGAACUUGGUUUGACAAAAGCAUGCCAGAAGCACAAUGUUUGAAUCACACUUUUUUAAGUUAGUUCGGCAGGCAUUUAAGUUCAACAAGGUCUGCCAUGCUACAUGUUUUUGGCAUGGUAGUGAUUCAAACAUUGUGCUUCUACCAUGUCAAACUAAAUUCAUAAAUUUUGAUAUUAGUUUUCAGAAAUGUAAUUAUUUUUGGUUUCAUUCACAGCUGACUUGAAGUCAUUCUCCUGUCGUCUUCUGUUAUGCUUGUGUUGAACCCAAUAAUUACAAAUUAUUAUUGUCUUUGACACAGCGGAAGCUUGAUGUAUGAACUUGGCCUCAGAGUAAAAUUUUUAAUGAUACAGUCUUGUUAAGUUGGCAUUGUAUUGACACACUACUAAGCUUUUUACACUUUCUAUAACAAAAAGGAUGGACAUUUAAAAUGAUAUCCAAGCUCACUGGAAAUCCCUGAGUAUUGAGUUAACACCUAAGACGCUGAAUAUUAUAAUAUUAUCAAAACAGUAAGAAUGACCUAAUGGUUAGCAAAAAAAGUUUAUUAUUGUGGUUUAGAUUUUGUUGUGUUCUUCUUUUGGAUGUCCGAAGCUAAGGCCCUGUCCCACUUAUCCGGUUAUUUGUGAAAACAGAGAUUUUUUCACCAGUUUUAGCCUUUUAUCCACAUGUAAAUGGUGUUUUCGGGCACCAAAAGACGGGUUUUCAAUGCAAGUCCCCUGAGUGGUAAUUUUUGAAAAUGAUGGCUUCUCGUUUACAUGUAGACUGACGAAAAUGCAGGUUUUCGAAUGAAAUAUUAUAAUAUCAUCCAUCAUAUACUACUAGCACUAUGCAUGCCCUGAAAAGGGUGGUGUCGUACUUCCAUUGUUUAGCAUUUUCAUAUGGACAGGUGAAAAUGAUUCAAAUUUUGUUUAAAAAUGGAGAAAAUAAUCUCUGCCUUCAAAAAUAUCUGGAUAUGUGUGGACAGAACAAAGAUAGACAUAUAGAAAUAACAUGUCAUGAGCAUCAUAGUGUGUCAUGCAUAACUCUGAAACCAAAACAUAUUCACUUGCAAGAAUCC